UCUGUCCCUCAUCUUUCUACCUUCCUGUCUUUGUGCUAGUCUUUGCUUUUCUUGCUUUGCCCCCAACACCCUGUCUUCCCUCUACUUCCAGGUUGCUGCCUCUUUCAGAAUCUGCGGGCUUUCCUCUGCAUUACUGGGUCUGUUGGUCUCGUCAGGAGGGCUUUGGGUCCGGUGGCUGUGGGUGGCCUGCUGCCAAAGGAGGGAGGAGCCCAUGGGGGGCGGGAUUGGUCCUAAAGCCACCUCAUAAAGACUGGGACUGCAGGAGGCUUUCUGGAGGAGUCCUGGAGGGGCUGUUUGUUGCGGCAGGCAGACCCCAGGAGCUCAGCUGGGGCUCUGCAGUGUCAUGCCCUGGAGCCCCCUGGCUGCGCUGAGCUGGGCGGUGGUGCUGCGGCUGCUGGCAUUACUGUGGCCCCCGGGGCUGGGUGAGGCGUGCAGCUGCGCGCCUGCGCACCCCCAGCAGCACGUCUGCCACUCGGCUCUAGUAAUCCGGGCAAAAAUCUCUAGUGAGAAGGUAGUUCCCGCCAGUGAAGACCCUGCCGACACUCAAAAAAUGAUCCGGUAUGAAAUCAAACAGAUAAAGAUGUUUAAAGGAUUCGAAAAGGCCAAGGACGUUCAGUAUGUCUACACACCAUUUGACUCCUCUCUCUGUGGCGUGAAACUAGAAACCAACAGCCAGAAGCAGUAUCUUCUGACAGGCCAGAUUCUCAGUGACGGAAAAGUCUUCAUCCACCUGUGCAACUACAUUGAGCCCUGGGAGGACCUGUCCUUGGUGCAGAGGGAGAGUCUGAAUCAUCACUACCACCAGAACUGUGGCUGCCAAAUCACCACUUGCUAUGCAGUGCCCUGUACCAUCUCAGCCCCCAAUGAGUGUCUCUGGACAGACUGGCUGCUGGAACGGAAGCUCUAUGGGUACCAGGCCCAGCACUAUGUCUGCAUGAAGCACGUUGAUGGCAUCUGCAGCUGGUACCGGGGCCACCUACACCUUCGGAAGGAGUAUGUUGACAUCAUCCAGCCGUAGUGGGGACCAGUGAACACCACAUCCUUGGAGAGUCCUGAAGACCAAGCCAGUUCUCUGUGGUACUCUGACCAUCACCGACUGCCAUGUUGCUGCCAGAUGAUGGGAAGUGACAAGUGGGUGGCCUGGCCAGCAUCAUGGCAGUUGUGGAGCAUGUGACAGCUUAUGUCCACAUCUCCCAACUUGUCGAGGGCUGGGGAAGGUAGUUUGGCUUAGCUGCCUUGCCCUCAGGUCCUCUCCCUUUUCUUUCAAACCUUGUUAGUCUAGUUGAUACCUGUUAUUGAAAGUUUUUAUUCUGGCUUUGUGUUCUCCA